AUGACUAUUACUACUAUUGGAAGAGAUAGGAUCGAGGCGAGAGUUGAAAAUGUAAAGAAAUGCCUAUUUUUCUAUCAUAAUACACUAGAGUUCAUUGAGAAUAUUGAUCUUGAAAUGGAAAGUUGGAUCUGUCUUCAGUUGUUUAUCGGUUUGCCAAAAACUGUGAUGUAUACAUACAAAGCUAUGAAGACUGUUCUCAAUGAGGUAUUACUUAUGGAGAUUCAACGGACCUUGAAUUACAUGAAAUUCCGUCCAAUGAAGUGCAGUAUUUGGCGGAUGUUCCCGCUGAACGCUACCCUACCCCUGAAAUUUGUCAGCUUAUGCGUUACAUAUAUAAUCGUGAGCGCUCAAUUCACAAGUUUGAUGUAA